UCUCUCACACACACACACAUAGAGAGAGAGAGAGAUUAAAAUAGAGAGCAAGAGUAGUUAGAAGCUGAUGAUCAGAAGUAAGCAGGUGAGAAAGACCUCCCUCCCUCCGGCCACCACAGACAGCCCCAUCUCACCAAAUCCAUCUCAAAAUAAUCCAAUUCCACACAACAAACGAUUUCCCAUCCGUUUAUUAAAAAGACAAAAUUAAAGUAAGAUCAUGUCACUCAUUCUCAUCUCUCCUCUCUCAUUUCCCUCUCUAACUGAUCCGCCGCCGCCAUGCAGCCCUCUCUCCGCCGCAAGUUCUCCCCGGCGCUCCUCUCCGCGGCCGCCUCCAUGAAGCCCGCCGCCUCCGCAGCCCGCAAGGGCGGCAACCUGUCGGCCUUGGUGGUGAUCCUCUCCAUCUUCCUAUUCGGGUGCUUCAUGUACAACGAGGACGUCAAGUCCCUCGCCGAGUUCCCCUUCUCCCGCCCCAAAGAGGACACCCGCCUCGACACCACCGUCUCCGUCGUCAUGAACGCCAGGACAGUCGUCGAAACGGAGGUGGAGGCUCACAAACCAGAAACCACCAAGGAAGAGAUUAAGAUUCAGUUGCCGUUGCCGGUGGAGGAAGAAGAAGAAGACGAGGACGACGACGACGGGGUUGAAAUCCCGCCGGAAGGGUGCGAUCUGUUCAAUGGGCAAUGGGUUUUCGACAAUACGUCGUCGUACCCGAUUUACAAAGAGGAAGAAUGUGAGUUCUUGACGGCGCAGGUUACUUGUUUGAGGAAUGGAAGGCGAGAUUCUUUGUAUCAGAACUGGCGAUGGCAGCCCAACGAUUGUUCUUUGCCCAAAUUUAAGGCAAAAUUAUUGCUUGAGAAGAUGAGGAACAAGAGAUUGAUGUUUGUUGGGGACUCUUUGAAUCGAAAUCAAUGGGAAUCUAUGAUUUGUUUGGUUCAAUCGGUAGUCCCACCGGGAAGGAAGAGCUUGAACAAGAAUGGCUCCUUAUCAGUUUUCAGAAUUGAGGAUUACAAUGCGACCGUGGAGUUUUACUGGGCACCAUUCUUGGUGGAAUCGAAUUCGGAUGAUCCAAACAUGCACAGCAUCUUGAACAGAAUAAUCAUGCCCUCUUCAAUCAAGAAGCACGGCAAGAAUUGGAAGAAUGUGGACUACCUCAUCUUCAACACAUAUAUUUGGUGGAUGAACACUUUCGCCAUGAAAGUUCUACGAGGAUCGUUCGACAAAGGCGCGAGUGAGUACGACGAAGUGGAAAGGCCCGUAGCUUAUGGGAGAGUGAUGAGGACUUGGGCUAAGUGGGUUGACAAAAACAUUCAUCCCAAUCGAACCAAAGUCUUUUUCAUGAGCAUGUCUCCUCUUCACAUCAAGAGCCUGGAUUGGAACAAUCCGGAUGGCAUCAAAUGUGCAAAGGAAAGAGAGCCGAUUUUAAACACAACGAUGGCGCUGAGCGUGGGCACGGAUCGCAGGCUGUUUGCAAUCGCAGCGAAUGUGACGAAGUCGAUGAAAGUAGGAGUUCAUUUCAUCAACAUAACAACAUUAUCAGAGUAUAGAAAAGAUGCGCAUACUUCAGUUUACACAAUUCGACAGGGGAAGAUGUUGACGGAGGAGCAGCAGGCCGACCCGGCCACCUACGCCGAUUGCAUUCAUUGGUGCCUACCGGGAUUGCCCGACACGUGGAAUGAGUUCAUUUAUGCUCGUAUCAUUUCCACUUCUUGAUCACCUAAGGUGUUGCAACAGAUUUUGUCCCUUUCUCUUUUCUUUUUGGGUUAUAUAUGUAGAUCAUCUAUUCUUUCUUCAUACUAAUGCGAUAUAUCAUGGGCCCUUUUACCAUCUAUUUUUAGUUUAUUCAUUUUAUUUGGCCCAUGUUGUUCACACUCAAUUGUAAAAUUACUCCGAUUAUAAAAAUAAUAAUAAAGUGACAGCGAAUAACUA